CUCUCUGCUAUCAUUCGUUCCGAUCCAAAAUGGAUUUGACAGUUUUUAUCUUUCAAUUGUAAAAUUGUCGUGAUCAUGCUGUUUUCGUGAUUUGUGAUCCGAAGUCAAAUUUCCAAUUUCUGGUGGUGAUUUAGCUUGUGGAAAUUUAUUGGCAAUCGGAUCCCGGUUCGAAAGUAAAAAUCCAACAAGGUUGAUGGUUGAGGUAGACAUUACAAUUCCAUCUGCUUUUGACCCAUUUGCUGAGGCCAAGGACUCGGGGACCAAGGAAUAUGUGCAUAUACGCAUCCAGCAGAGGAAUGGCAAGAAAAGCUUGACGACAGUGCAGGGGCUGAAAAAGGAAUUCAGCUACGAGAAGAUUCUGAAGGAUCUGAAGAAGGAGUUUUGCUGCAACGGCAACGUGGUCCAGGACAAGGAGCUGGGCAAGGUCAUUCAGCUGCAGGGCGAUCAGCGCAAGAAUGUCUCGCACUUCUUGACCACUGCUGGCCUCGUCAAGAAAGAUCAGAUCAAGAUUCAUGGCUUCUAAGCCUUAGAUUUUGAAGCUGCUCAUGUUUUAUUGUGGUUUUUUUUAUUUGCUACUCUCCCUUGAUGAUCAUACUCUAUGGGGUGUUUGCUAAAUUGUAAUAUCUGUGUUUGGUAUUUAUCUAAUAAUAUAAGUUCUACUUGUUUACAAUUAA